AUGAGUAUUUCUAGGGAUAAUGUUGAGAUAUUUGAUUCUGCAAAUUUUAGUGCCAAUGAAGUUGAAAUAAUUGAAGAUUUGGAUGUUGAGGUUGAAGAAGAGAAGAGCUUGCCCAAUGAACCAAAUACUGGGUCAUCUUCAUAUGUGGAGCCGUAUGUGGGGCUACAAUUUGACGAUGUAGAAGAUGCACAUACUUGCUAUAAAGCCUUCUCUAGACGAACUGGUUUUAGCAUUCGAACAAACCAUACUCGAUUGGCAAAGGAAGAUAGAUCACUAAUUGGGGUAGAAUAUGUUUGUUCAAGGGAAGGGUUUCGUCGCUGGAAUUUGAAAUCGAAAAAUAGAGUAAGACCUGAGACUGUAGAAACAAAGAUUGGGUGUAAAGCAAUGAUGACAAUAAGGAAGGAUGGAGAAAAAUGUGUUGUGUCCAAGAGACAGUUUCUGGGAGAGGGAGAUGCACAAAGCCUAUACACUUCCUUUUUGGAAAACGAACGUAAUAAUCCAGGCUUUGUGUAUUCGAUCCAAGUUGAUGAAAAUGGAUCGAUGGGAAACUACUUUUGGGCAGAUGCCAGAUCACGGGCUGCAUAUCAGUAUUUUGGGGACGUUGUGACUUUUGAUAUCACUUACCUCACCAAUCGCUACAAGAUGCCUUUUGUUCCAUUUACUAGAGUUAAUCAUCACCAUCAAUCUGUGAUGUUUGAAUGUGCCUUACUCAUAAAUGAGACAGUGGAGUCUUAUACAUGGUUGCUGAAAACAUGGCUAGAGGCAAUGCUUGGUCGUACUCCAACAACAAUAAUCACUGAUGAUGACAAGGCAAUGGCUAUGGCUAUCGCGGAGGAAUUGCCCAAUACAACUCACAAAUUGUGUUUAUUGCAUAUAUUACAAAAAGUUCCUGAACAUCUAACUCGUGUCUAUAAUAAGUAUCCACAAUUUCAGCAAGAUUUUUACCAUUGUAUUCAUGAAACACUCACAAUUGAAGAAUUUGAGUUUGAAUGGACUGAAAUAUUAUUAAAGUACAAACUGGAAGACAAUAGUUGGUUGCAGGGCCUUUAUGCUAGGAGGGCAAAGUGGGUGCUAGCUUAUUUGAGAGGCAUAUUUUGUGCUGGAAUGUCCACAACUCAGUGCAGUGAGAGUAUGAACAAGUUUUUUAAAAGCUUUGUUCGUUCAAGUACAAUGGUUCAUGAUUUUGUCCAUCAAUAUGAUAAAGCAUUGAACGCUUUUUAUCUCAGUGAGAAAGAAAAAGAUGUGAAGACAAAAACUACAAAACCAAUUAUGAGAACUUGUUUCAAAGUAAAAGAGGAAGCAGCCAAGAUCUAUACAAGAAAGUCAUUUAUUCACUUUCAAGAAGAGCUAUUUCAAAGCCAACGAUACAAGGCCUCUAAAACACGUGAGGAAGAUGGGAGGAAAAUAUAUUUGGUGACACUUGAUGGGAAAGAAAGUCCUGCAUAUGAAGUAACAAUUGGAAGGGAGAAGCUCAAUGUUUCUUGUACAUGUUGUCAAUUUGAAUUUAUUGGAUUUUUAUGCUGCCACAACCUACAUAUUUUGGGAAAGAAGUCUAUGAUGAACAUCAUACUACAAUCAUAUGUCUUAGAGAGGUGGACAAUCAAUGCAAAGAGUUGCGUGAUACAUGGCAUAUAUGGUGAUGGGGGGCCAGCGGACACAAUCCCAACUGGAUUUGUCAUGAAACAUCAUUUGAUAAGGCAGUUUUAUGAAGUUGCUAAAAUGAGAUCGCAGCAUAUGAGGGAACCAAGCUCAACUAUAUUUGACAUAGAUUCACAACCGGACUCUAUCUCAACUGCAUUUGACAUGAAUAUGCCGGAAACUUAUGCAACUGCUUUUGACAUGUCUCAAGAUCCGAUCAUGUCACAGGAUCAAGACUUUGGUGCUUCGUGGAAUUUUCAUGCAUCACAAAAUCAUUAA